CUGCAUAAACACACACAGUUCCUUAUAAUGUGUCUUCACUUCUUCAUCUGACCGCUGAGACUGAAGCAGCCGACCUCACGCUGGGAUAUCUGUGAACCAUCUGCAGCUUCACAAUGUCUCCCAAUAUCUCUCUUCACAUCCUGGAGACGUCCAAGAAUGACGAGGGGACAAAAGUGGACAUCGACGCCAUUAUGGACAACGUGUCCAUCGUCCUCUACACGCUGACCGUGGUGAUCGGCAUCACCGGGAACUCCGUCGUGAUCUGGGUGGCCGGCUUCCAGCUCAAGCCAAAGGUCACCAAUGUGUGGCUGGUCAACCUGGCAGUAGCGGACCUGAUCUUCUGCUUCACCCGAGUCUUCUCCCUCAUAAAGAAGCUCUUCUUCGAUCACUGGCCCUUCGGCAUCUUCCUCUGCAAGUUCAACGGCUUCUUCAAAUACGCCAACAUGUUCUGCUCGGUCUUUCUGUUGGCGGUCAUCAGUUUGGACCGAGUGCUCUGCGUCUGGAGGCCCGUCUUUACCAAGCAACACCGCACGGUGUGGAUCGCGAGGUUGGUGGCUGUGUGCGUCUGGAUUGCCGCCGUCAUCUUCAGCACGCCGUAUUUCGUUUACCGCCAGAUCUCCCGUGGGAAGAACAACCUCAGUAAAUGCUCCGUGGACACUAAGGACGCGUCGCAGGGGGACAACAGCGCCAAACUGGCCCUCUAUGCCAUUCGCUUCCUGUGCGGCUUCAUGCUACCUUUUAUGGUCAUCCUCAUCUGCUACAUCCUGGCUGGCGUCGGCAUCCGACGUACCCGCCUCUCAGGGAAGUCCCGCCCCUUACGUAUACUAGCAUCCCUUGUGGUUGCGUUCUUCCUGUGCUGGGCGCCGUACCACUGCCUCCUGCUGGUGAAAAUGGUGGACAGUAAGAACAUCGUGGUGAAGAUCUGGCACCCCAUGGCGUCCGGCAUCGCCUACUUCAACAGCUGCGUGAACCCGCUGCUCUACUUCUGCAUGGGCUUGGACGUGAGGGGUCGCUUCAGGCAGAGUCUUGCCGGGGUGUACAAGAGGGCUUUGGCGGACGACGUGGACGGGCAGACGACCCAGUCCAACGAACGCUCUUUGGACGACAGCGGUGGAUCAAAAGGACGGAGUCAGACGUCAGAGGAUGUGGCUAAAGUGUGAGCUGCUGACAGAGAUGAGACAGGUGGCGUUCCCCUUUAACUCCACAAAGAGAUAGUCAUUCUCCCACUUCUCCUGGAACACUCUGUGCUCGGCAUCAACCUAUCUUUUGGCCUUGAUAUCAAGCGGCGGGCCAUAUUAAAUGGUCUUUCGGGCCGUGUCUGGCCCGGGGGCCGAGAGUUUGAGACCCCUGCCUUGGAGGUAAACGGUCAUAAUAAUGUGAUAAAAGUGUGAAAUCAUGAUAUAGAAAGUCUAUAUUUUGAGGGGAAAAGUAAAGAUUUGGAGAUCAAAGGUUAAAAUUGUGUGAUAAAACUCAGAUUUAUAACAUUUAGAGUCAUUGAGGCACCAGUUUAGCUCAGUUGCCAAAUUUCCAGAGUCCAGAGACCAUGUUGGCCCAGCUUUGAAUCCGACCUACAGCCACGACUCUAUGGAUUGUCUCCCCCCAUCAAUGAAGGCGCCAAACAUCCAAUAAAAAGAAGAUAUAGAGUCAUAUAUAGUCAUGUAAAGUCGUAUUUAUGAGAUAGAAAGUCAUGCAUUUGUGAUAAAAACCCAAUCAAGUGAUGGAAAGUUACACUUACUGGGCAAGAUGUCUUUUUACGACCUUAACAUCCCUGAACCUUUAAAUCACAUGACUCAGACAAUCCAAGACAACAUUUCUAAAUCUCACACUCUGACUUGAUCUCAUACUUUUGUCCUUUUGUUUUUCUUUUCACCCCUACAUGUUCGUUCUUUAAAGUGUCCUUAAAGGGCUUCUGUACCCGUCGUCAAGCGACAAAGCAUCCUUCACCUUUGUGCAACACAUGCAGACAGAUAUUAAAAACCAGACCUGCGUGUAAAACAGGAUCCCUCAGCAACCAGAUCAUAAAACCCAUCUGUGUUUGUCCUGUAUAUUACUUACACGUCCCAGUGUUACAUGUGUGUGUGUUUGAACUGUUUAUCUUAAAGUCUUUAUGGUAUUUGGUUCUGUUGCAGCAGAUGUUUCAUGUUCAGAUCUAUGUUUUUCUUUUGUAAAUACCUGUAACUUAUCUCUGACAAUAUGAGUGCAUAUUUCCACGAGGUGAUGGAGAUACUUCACUGUAAAAUAAAGCUUUUUAACAUGUUGGAAAUCAU